CACUGAUGGCUUUUGCAACAUACAUAGAUGGACAAACACCAUUUCCUGAGUUCAGUGUUGUGGUGAUGUUGGAUGAUGUGCAAAUAGUGUAUUAUGACUCAGUCACAUGGAAAGUUGUCUAUCGCUCUCACAGUGAAUCACAGUACUAUGAUGAAGAGCAAAGUGAUGGUGGUGUUGUAUUUCAGUAUAUAUAUAACAACCUGAAACAGCAAGCAUUUUAUCUUAAGGAUCACCUAAAUCACACAUACCACACAGGUGUACAUGUUCAUCAGAGACUUGUUGGAUGUGAAUUAAUGAACAAUGAUAAACCAGGUCUACUUAAGUCAUGGGAUGCUUUUGAUCAACUAAAUACAGAAGAGUUUGCCUUUAAUGCAGAAAAAAACGAUAUGCAAGUGAAAAAGCCAUGGAUGUCAUGGAGCCAACAAGAAUGGCAUAAUAAAAAGUUCCUGCAUGAAUAUAUUUAUCAACCUAUUUGCAUUAAAACAUUGCGGAGGUAUCUGAAUAUGGAAAAGAACAAUGUGAUGAGGAAAGUGAAACCCAGAGUCAGACUCAUGAGGAAGACGCUCUCAGACUCUCAAGGGCUUCAGAUCAGCUGUCUGGCCACUGGUUUUUACCCCCGUCACAUUAACCUGACCCUGUUCAGAGAUGGUCAGCCUGUGGAUGAUGAUCAGAUCACAGGAGGAGAGAUUCUGCCCAACGGAGACGGAACUUACCAGAUGAGGAAGAGUUUGGUGAUCAGUGAAGAAGAGCUACGUGAGGGACAUAAAUACAACUGUUCAAUGAAGCACCUCAAUCUGGACAACAAACUGGACAUUAUUUUUGAUGUGGCUGAAUCUGACCCAGGAUCUUUCAGUCUGUCUGUAGUUAUCAGUGUGCUGGUGUUCAUGUGUGGGGCUGUUCUCAUCAUAACUGCACUCAUCAUAUGGAGGAAGAGAUGUGCUGCUGGACGAGGAUCUGAGACAUCAAAGAGUGAUUAUUCCCUUACUCCAUCUUCCGUGCAAGAUGAAACAUAAAAAAGAAUCUACAUGGGCUUACAUUAUCAACCUAUAUUCAAGAUAAUACAUGAAAAAGUUAUAAAGCUUUACCAUUUACUUGGUGGAUGUCAUUUGUGUUACGAUAAUAAUUUUAGCAUUAAUUUUACGAUAAUGACCAUCUGAUUUUAUUCAGUCUGACUGACCGAUUUUGCUUUAUUAAAAGGACAAGAUAAUGUAAUAUAGACACAGAACAGUGUAUAGUAUGCAACAUAAACAUUUGAGCCUGUCUGGUCUGAAAUCAUAAUAAUGUUUAAGGACAUUGUCUCCUGCUGUAUUGUUGUGCAAUAUUUUUUUAUACUGAAUUUUUUUGUUCACUGUUAUUCUGUUGGAUGGUUUUACCUUUGUACGGUAUUAUAGAUAUUUACAUGUUUUUUAGAAGUAAUUUGGCAUGCUGAAUAAAAACUUGA